UCCACUGUCUCUAGAUUGCAAACAUCCCUAUGUAAACAAUGAGCUCGUAUGUAGCCUCCAUCCCCAGUUCACUCGCGAAUUCACCGCUGGAGAGAUAUACUUUGCGAACGGCACCCAUCGAGCCGACGAUGCCGGAGGUGCGAGCCUAUUGUUUCACUCGUAGCGCGUGACGGGACGGUGCUUUCAAUUCCAUUCGUUAGCCGCGACUGUGAUCGCCGUGGCUGACAGGCAGCACUUAUUGGCCAUCUAUCUCCAGCUAUUCAUCAGCAUUUAGCAUUUAGGUACCAGUCUAUUGUCCUUGGUCAACUGCAGCUGCCUGGGAGCAUCGUGGACUUUGCUGGGGUUUUCUUUCCUCUCCAAGGUUCGUUGAAUUCACACCUGCUUUGAUCUUUGAUCAAUCGAGACGUAUAUCGUACAUCAUCAUGGCUUUGGAUCAUGGGACUAUCAGCACAUUGGCAGUAGCCAUACUUAUCUCAGUACCGUUGCUCUUCGUAUACUGGCUAUCGACGCGGCCGCAGCAGGAGAUGAAGCCCUUUCCGUUCCUCAACCUCCCCGCUGAGCUGCGAGAUAUGGUGUACGAUGAGUUGCUGCCAGAGGAAGGAAUAUCCUACCCAACAAAGACACCGCAACGAUCUCAGACACGACUAGAUCGAUUCAACAGCCUGUUCAACCGACGCUCAAGUCUCUCGAAGCAUGCCGGCGUCAUGAUGGCGAACCACCAGCUCCACCGCGAGUUCCACGAUGUCAUGAGCGCAAAGUCCAAGUUCACACUCUACGUCGACGAGCACAACUACAAGGACGCCUCUCUCUGGACCAUCAGCGCGCAGAUGCUCAAGAGCAUCCGCAGAUGCGAGCUGCGCUUCGCCACCACGCCGGCCAUGAUGGGCACCCACGAUCCGCGCUUCAUGCCCUUGGAAUGGGCGCUGUGCGACCGCGUGUGCGAGAAGCUGCGAAAAUGUGAGCGGCUGGAGUCUGUCACGCUGCAUAUCCGGCCCAUUAGCAAUCCUCUCUGGAAUCCGCUCUGGGUAUGGUACCACGCGAGCCAGGCGUUCAAGACUGCAGAAGGCGUCAAGUUUGACAGCAUCCGCUUCAGCCUCGACUCGUGGACGCCCGGCGAGAACCAGCUGGGUAGAUGGCUUGAGAAUCGCCUGCGGAGGUCGAGUGUGGAUGGGCUGUGGAAGUGGGAGUGUGUCAGGGGGCAUUUCAUCGCGGAUGAUUCGGACACCCGGCAGCCGAUCCGUGACUUUUGUGGGAUCAUAUAUGAGGAUUGCCAUGUCUGUCAUCCGCCGACGGAGACGGCUGAUGCGGUCUAGGGAGGGGGAUGGAUGGUUUGGCGUAGGGAUAAGGGAUGUAAGUGCGGGAUAGGAUAAGAGUGACGCGCAGCGCUGUUUAACGCAACAGUUCAGUAUAGCUUGUUAUCAUCGAUUGUCCAUACGUUUAUGGCUGCAGUGCAUGGAUACCUGGGUAUGUCUGCUGGCCAGUAGUUACAUAAGUCUUUUUCCUCGGGAAUUAAGUACCU